AUGACGUGUUGUCACGGCUCCAACGGCUCAGUGUAUUUCAGCUGUGGCCCUUUAAACUCAGCGGAAUCUAAAAAGAACACAAGUCUCUAAACGGCCCGUCCUCAGACUCACGUCUUUUUAAAAAGAAAAACCAUGGCUCAGCUGCAGGCCUGUUCUCCGCCUGACGCCGUCCACCGCCGUCUGCUCCCCGGACAGUGAGCUGCCGCAGCCUCGGACCCAGCUGAACCGUUACGCAGCUGUCAGCGGGCUAAGCUAAUCGGCUAACCGGGGCCGCGUCGCCGUAUGCUCGCACUGACGCACGUUGCACCGGGGACAGAGCUCCGCAGACAGCGACCAGUGUCGGCCCAACAGCCCCAGUAAGGCGACGGGGACAUGGACAAGGCGGAGGCGGACCGGCUGAUCGAGAAGGCCAAGCUGUGUCUGCGGUCGGGGCGGAAGGACAAGGCGCUGCAGCUGCUGCACGAAGCCCAGAAUAUUUACCCCAGCACCCGGGCCAGAGUGCUGAUAGAUGCCAUAGUAAGGAAUGGAAGCAGUGAAGCCCCGGAAACAAACCACGUGCCCCCACCAACGGGUUGGAGAGAUGAGGACAUCAGAAACUGUGAUGCGAGUGGUGACGAAAAGAAGACCUACACCGAGGAUCAGCGACACGGUGUUCUCAGGAUAAAGAAUUGCAAGGAUUUUUAUGAAAUCCUGGGUGUUACCAAAAAUGCCUGCGAUGAAGAUUUGAAGAAGGCGUACAGGAAGUUGGCCCUCAAGUUUCACCCUGACAAGAACUUUGCCCCGGGAGCCACAGAUGCUUUCAAAGCAAUAGGAAAUGCAUAUGCAGUACUGAGCAAUCCAGAAAAGAGGCAACAGUAUGAUCAGUAUGGAGACCAGUCUGCAGCUUCAAACACACCCCAACCAUCCAGCCACAGUCGCCACGGACACUACCGAAGCUUCAACAGAGACUUUGAGGCCGACAUUUCCCCAGAGGAGCUCUUUAACAUUUUCUUUGGAGGCAGGUUUCCCACAGGAAACAUCCACGUGUACACCAACCAGGGAGCCUCCUACUCUCAGUUCUAUCAGCCUCGUCGUCGACGUGCUUAUGAAAGGCGCGAGGAGGUGGUGGAAGACAACCAGAGUCAGAACACCUUCACAGCGCUCCUGCAGCUUCUCCCCGUGCUUGUGCUAAUCCUCAUAUCAGUGUUUACUCAGAUGAUGGCCAGUACCCCACCCUACAGUCUCUUCUAUAAGCCGGCCUUGGGGCUGGUGGUGUCCAGGGAAACUCAGCACAUGGGCGUACCGUACUACGUGGAUAAAAGUUUUGAGAAGGAAUACCGCGGAGCUGCGCUGGAUGAACUCGAGCAAACAAUUGAGAGUGACUAUAUUGAACACCUGCAGAACAGCUGCUGGAAAGAGAAACAGCAGAAGUCCGACUUGGCAAACCUCGGACAACUUUACCGUGAUGAGCGCUUGAAGCAGAAGGCCGAGUCCAUGAGGCUGGACAACUGUGACAAGCUGCAUCGGCUGGUCGGCCGUCAAAGAGGCAAAUGAGGACUGUUUCGGGAGCAGAGCACGUUUCUUUACAGACUUUACAACAGUGCAUAUUACUGAAGUGUGUAAUUUAUCCAAUCUGGCCACUUUGUAAAGAAAUCUCCGUGGGUACAGCGCAGUCAGUGGGAGAUUAUGCCACUGGAAACAAUGUGCCUUCUCUCCUGUUGGACGGUAGAAAUGAAGAGUUGCAUGUGGGCUGUCUGAUGGUAGCAGCAUUGCGUGCAGACUCACUGUUGCAGUGCGUAUGAUGUGUCAGAGCCUUUAAACUUUCUUAUAGAAACGGCAUGACACACCGAGUCUCCCUUUGGGGUUCUGAAAGCAGUUGUAUGUUCACACACACACGUUUUAUUUGUUUAGGUUUUGUAGUUAUUUAUUGUCUUGAAUGUUUUUUGUGUUCUCAUUUAAAUCUUAGGUAUUUAUUUAAUAGUUAACUGAGUGAAUGUUACUACUGAGCAUCUUGGCUCAUGUUGUUUUUCUGUAGGAAGUAACUAGGAACAAUAAUUUAAAUAAUACGGUCAUCUUAAAAGAAAUGGGAGAGCUUCUGUACUGUGACAGAGGAGGAGUCAAAUCAGAUGUUAGAUAGGAUACUGUGGUUAAUCAGGCAAUUUGACUUCUGGGAUUAUAGAAAUAAAGGAGCACACAGUAGGGAAACAUUUUACAAAACAUAACCACAUAUUUCUGAUCGAUGUAUUUUGCCAAAAAAACUAGGCUUUCUUCUUCAGUAGAGCUUCCUGCUCCUCGCACGACUGCUUCCAUACGCGUUCGGUUGUUUAGCUUCUUCCAUUGGAGAACGAUUCGUUUGAGGUUCAAGUUUGAGAAAUGACUGUUGUGUGUCGUUAGACGUAAUUUUGAUCUGGCACAAGCAGCUUGGUUCAGCCAAAAGACCCCCACACACACACACACACACACACACACACACACACACACACACACACACACACACACCUGUGAUGUUACUGGGGCUUUAGUGUCAUGCAAUACCUUCCUUUCAGUAACCAUGCAGAAGUUAACAUAUUGCGCCAGGAAAAUAAAAAGCUUUUCAUGUCAAAUUUCUAAAUAUUUUAUAAACCCUGCACCUUUUUAUUUAUAUAAUGUUUUAUAUAAAAAAAAAGAGAGACUGUGUUUUAAAAUCCGAACAGUAUUAACAGUUAGUCCCGCAGCUAGAACUGUGACUUUUACUGAUCUUGUCAUUAGUAGGACACUAACUUUGUGAAGUAGUUAAUUCUUUAAAUCAAACCCUCAACAGACAUGAAGACUGGCCGCUGUGCACUACGACUGCCAAACUGCCUUAGCUGUUCUCGUAUUUGUGAAAGAUUCAGGUUCAUCUCAAGCACUUUUACGUUCAUAGUUAACCCUGUGUUCCAUGUCAUGACUGUUGCAUGCAUCCUUGUGAGAGAGUGUUAUUAGUUGCAUAUUUAUUUUCUUGUUUCGGUGAACACACACAAACAUGACUACUGACACACACUAAAUGUUACUAAGAGAGUAUUCAGGGCCACACUAACUCACAGACAUGUCAAACUGUAACUGUGAUACACACACACACACAGAUCAGGUUUUGGUAUCAGUCAGUGUGGUUGUACACUUCAACCAGAAGUACCAGAAAAUUAAACGUGUAUCCAGAAGAUGCUUUGACUCGUUCAUGUGUGAUUCUGUGGUUGGUUUGUCUCAGUGUCUGAUGUGUUUGCUCACAUUAUUGAGCAGGUAAAUAAAACAUACAGGUGACACGGGCAUCUGUGCAUUAUGUGAAACUGUCCUGACGGCUACCAAGGUUGUUCUUCAGACCGAGCUUCAACUUUAAUUUCAGUUGAUUAAUGACAUGAUUUAAAAUCAGUGGGAGAUGGAGGUUUUGGGGUUCAAAGGUAACCAGACAGAUCCACCAGUCUAGUCGUCAGUAAGUGGAAUCUGACUGGGAUCAGGUCAUUGGCUGACUUUACGUCACCUCCUCAGCCUGAGAAGUUCUUGGUUUUCUUGGGCCAUGUUUAAGAUCGUUUACCUGCUGGAGGGUGAAAUGUGGCUCAUGAAGUUUUGAUGCAUUUUUUUCUGAAUCUGAGUAGUGAGCGCUCUUGUAUAUUACUUCAUUCAUCCUGCAGCUUCUAUCAGCAGUGAAAUCAGUCAUAAUAAAACUACGACCUUGCAACA